AUGGCAACACUGGGGUUUUUUGAUGCCGACAGCUUGAGACUGAGAUGUCGUAUUGCACCAUCCGCAUACUUCUCACCUGCGGCUUUAAGUGGGAAGCAAUUUGUGUAUCUUGUUGUUGUUGCGGCUCAUCCAGUAGAGCCCUAUCAAUUUGCCAACGUUCGAUCCAAGCAUCGCUCCGAUUUGGCGAAGACGAUAGCAGAGUUUGCGAGGAUGACGGUGGAAGAUUCCAGAAAACUUUUGCCUUCUAAGUUUUAUCCAUCAUGGGUGGUCUUCACUAAGAGACAGAAGUUAAAUUGGCUUAAUACCCAACUCAGGAGGAUUUGGCCACACGUUGAUGAGGCAGCGUCAGAAUUGAUAAGAACCAUUGUGGAACCAAUUCUUGAACAAUAUAGGCUGAUUAUUUUGUCUUCUCUCACAUUCUCCAAGUUGACCCUUGGCACUGUGGCUCCACAAUUUACAGGAGUUACAAUUGUUGAAGAGCACAGUGGGCCUGAUGGGGUGACUAUGGAUCUUGAGAUACAAUGGGAUGGUAACUCGAAUAUCGUUCUUGACAUUAAAACCCGAGUUGGUGUUGGACUUCCUGUACGGGUAAAAGAUAUUGGAUUCACUUGGGGUUUUUAG